CUUCCCCCCAAAAGCGACAGGUGUCUCGUCAAACCCAUGACCGACCGACCGAAAAAGCUGCAUCAUGUCUGAGGAGUCGUCAUCACUCGAUCAACAAAGCGGCGGGAAGCCGAAUCGUGAAGCCCAGCACAACUCAUCUGCAGCAGCAGAGAGCAGCAGUCCGAAGAGGGCGGAUGCGGUCAGGGGAGGGGCCAAGGGAGGGCUACCAAACGGUGAAUCUGACCAGCACGCCCCUCACACCGACAGCAGGUGGGCAAACACCACAGAGAUCAUCCUGAGGGGCAUUCAUAAUUGGUCGCUGUGUUGAGUGCCUUCAGUGAUAAUGGCGUCCCUCCCCACGGCGGCCGCAAGCGCACACAUGCCGAAGCCGUCCAGUCAGAGGCCAGCAAGCCCACAGACGGCACGUCAGACCACCCUCCCCCGACCCUCCCCCCGGAGGCCGCACAGCCAUCAGACUCAUCCGCCGCUGACGCGCGCGACGGUCCGGUCGGCCUGAAGCGAGAGCAGUCAGCGGCAGAUGCAGCCAGGAGCGCGUUUGCCGGCUUGAAGAAGCCUGCCGAGGAGGCGGGCAAGAGGAAGCGCCCGAGAAAGGACACGCCACCGCCACCGAAAUUCGUUGAGGUGUUGAAGUCUGCGGGCAUCUCGCUGCCCAGCAUCGAGGUCAGCAGCAGCGAGGGAGGAAAGAACAGUCAGCAUGGGGGCGCUGCUCAUGCCUGUGUGCUGUGUGUGUGACACUGCAGGAAGGCGGCGAGAAUGAGGACGAGCAAGAGGGAGAUGAGGAGGGCACCUCACAGCAACAAGGUCAACAAGAUGCCGGAGAGGGGCGUGAUGUCAGGGCGGAGGGUGCGGCUGCAAAGGCCCAGGAGGGAUGACGGCCGUGUGACGUGCGUGGGUCAUUGUGGGGUGGGUGCUGUCUGCCUGAACUUGCCUGAUUUUUGCUACCUGCCUGCGCCAAUGGACAGAGUGAGCCUUUUGCAUGGUUGCAUGAGCAGGAAGAGUGCAUCAAUGGCUGACUUUUUCGUCUCGAACCUCUGCUGCAAUGGCCGAUGUGCAUCUCAAAAGAGUGAGCGGCAUGCCGGGUUCGAGACCUUAGAUGUCGAUGGUUCUCUGGUAGGCACAUGAACUAAGAAUCAGUCCGUAUCAAGAUGCAUGCAC